AAAGACCCAUAUGAAGUAUUGGGCACAUCCAAGACUGCAUCUCAAAGUGAGAUAAAAAAGGCUUAUUAUGCUCUCGCUAAAAAGUAUCAUCCCGACACCAACAAAGACAAAGACGCUCGUGAAAAAUUUGUUCAAAUCCAGGAAGCCUACGAAAUUCUAUCAGACGAAGAGAAACGAAAACAAUAUGAUCAAUUUGGAUUUGGAUUCGAAGGACCUGGCGCUUAUAGUACAGGUGGAUUCCAAAACGGAUCAGCAGGUUUCCAUGGUGGAUUUGAUCCCAAUGAUAUAUUUAGUCAAUUCUUUGGUGGUGGAUUUUCGGGAGGAGCAAAAGGAGGCAUGGGUGGCAUGGGUGGUAUGGGUGGAGGAGGAGGAGGAGACCCUUUUAGGCACAUGAGCGGUGAAGAUCUUCAGGUGCCACUCAAUGUCACUUUUAUGGAAGCUGCAAAGGGUGCAACAAAAGAUGUAGUAGUUGAGCGAGUUGUCAGUUGCUCCUCUUGUAAGGGAUCUGGUCUGCAAAAGGGAAAACAAAAAGAAAGUUGUUCAUCCUGUCAUGGGUCUGGAGUACAAAACAUAUCAAUGGGCGGGUAUCAGAUGCAGUCUACCUGUCAAGCCUGUGGAGGACGUGGAACAUCUAUUCCUCCAGGUGCUGGAUGUAAUACAUGCAAUGGUCUGGGAAAGGUCAGAGAACGAACGACAGUUCAGGUCAAUAUACCAGCUGGUAUAGACAACAAAGCACGUCUACGAAUCCCGGGUAAAGGAGAUGCUCCUAUGCAAGGAAAUGGCUCUAAUGGAGAUCUUUUCGUCUCUAUAAAUAUAUUACCAUCUAAAACCUUCCGGCGACAAGAAGCAGAUGUUUUUGUCGACGUAAAGAUUCCAUUCUACAAGGCAAUUCUAGGUGGUAAAGUCCGAGUCCCUACUAUUGAUGGUGAUGUUGAGCUUAAGAUCCCACCUGGAACUCAACCGAGCGAUGAUAUUGCAUUACGUGGACGAGGCAUUAAAUGCAUUCGAAGCUCUACAAAGGGUGAUCAAAUCGUUACUGUGAAAAUAGACAUGCCUAGGUAA